CAGUAUAUAGCAGCAUGUCGAAACAACCAGCGUGUGAAAUGAUGAUAGCAAAAUACAUUUAAUAAUAUUACACUGGAGACAGAAUUUGACACCACCGAACUAUUUGAGCUCGGAUUACUCGACAAACAUCAAGCCCUGGACAUCGACCAAAAUGAACCAUAUACAGUAUUCUAAUAUUUGGUUUAUGUUUCUCGUUGUCACUUUGAUUUUGGGGACUGUUAAUGGAGUCUGUGAGACACGACCAGAAUGCAAUCCAGCAACAGUAAAGAAUAUUAAGUUUUCUGGUCCUAUAACUGGGCCGAUGUAUUAUUCACAUCCGGGGCCACUAACUUUGACCUGUAAUGCAUCUUGUGAUAUACAAGAGAUGUACUGGGAACGAACUGAUGAUGAUGGUAGAGUGCGAGAAUUGAAUUACACAACAUUUAGGAAAGUUUCGUCCUUUUGGAUAGCAACAUUAGACAACUAUUUAUCCACCGGUAUUCCUAAGUUUAGUUUCAUCUGCGUAGCUCUGGAUAUUUGCUGUAAUAAGCAGAUAACAAAACGAUCCAAAACUAUAGAACUAAGGAAAACUAAAUCUACUCCAAGCAAAUGCAUUAAAGAUGUUUUGAUUAUUGUUGAUACUUCAUCUUCGAUUGGAUUUAGAAACUCUCAACUCUGUAUAUCCUUUCUUCGUGUACUUGUCAACAAUCUUCAACUGAAUGUCUCACCAGAAGGAAGCCAUAUAUCAAUCAUCACGUUUAGUGAUGAGAAAAAUACUCAAGUACAAUUAUCAAUGAAAAGUCUGAAUAAAGCGGAUGUGGAAAACAGAAUCGCGAUGCUCCAAUAUCGCUAUUUGAUAGGUUAUCAUGAAAAAAGAACGGAUGCAGCUUUACUAAAAGCAAAUGAGAUAUUCAAGAGAAAUAAUUCACUAAAUCAUCGAGAAGAUAAAGAUGAUGUCAUAAUUUUGCUCACUGAUGGACCACCAACGACAAGGUCGGGAAAAGGUGAACAACCGCACGACAUCGCCAUAGCUGAAGCAAAGAAACUGAGAAACAAAGGCAUAAUCAUUGUUGGGAUUGCUGCUGGUAACCGUCAACAAAAAGUUAGAACUGUGCCAUUCUUGACAAAUAUAUCAACAGCUGGUCAAACGCUCUCAUCAACAUUUCAUGAUUUAAUUCUGUUGGUCGACAGAAUUGUGUACGCUUUCUGUCCCGGACCCCCCCUUGGACCAAGUAAACCUAGAAAUUUGACAGUCGUGGUUAAUGGAAGAAGUUUAACACUUUCGUGGCUGAAGCCAGAGAUUGCAGCUGGUAAUAUUGUCCAUCAUUAUCUAGUAUCCUGGGGGACAAAUCAGAGUAACACAUCAGUUCAAAAACGGGUUGUGUCGAGUCCUUUUUUACGUGAUUUUGGCACACAAUAGACCUUAUGCAUAUGACGUACCAAGCCGUGGCGCAUCUGGUUUUUCUGGUUUUAGUAAG